UACUACCCCACAGCAGCCAGGAACCAGCCACACAUUCCACAGCCGCGACGCGACACCGGAAACAAACGCAGGUAGCAACUGCAAGGGGCAGUUGGCUGGAGCUCGGUGAUCUGUGGGUCUGAUCGCGAUGGGACGCUCACCGGAGAUGGAGGUGGACGCGCGCAGCGGCUACUGCGCCGCCACCCGCACGUUCCGGAGCAGGCGCGCCGACGUGCCGCUGCCCGCCGACCCGGAGGUCGACGUGGUCAGCUUCCUCGCCUCGCGCCGCCACUCGGGCGUUGUGGCCCUCGUCGACGCCGCGACUGGGCGCCGGAUCACCUUCACCGAGCUCUGGCGCGCCGUGGCCGGGGCGGCAUCCGCCCUCGCCGCGCACCCCGUCUCCCUCCGCAAGGGCCACGUCGCGCUCAUCCUCUCCCCUAACUCCGUCCACUUCCCCGUCGCCGCCCUCGCCGCCAUGUCGCUUGGCGCCGUCCUCACCACCGCCAACCCGCUCAAUACCCCCGCCGAGAUCGCCAAGCAGGUCGCCGACGCCCGCCCCGUCCUCGCCUUCACCACCCGCGAGCUCCUCCCCAAGCUCCCGCGUGCCCACGACCUCCGCGUCGUCCUCCUGGAAUCCGCCCGCCUCCCCGGCGACAGCUCCGACCCGCGGAUCGUCGCCACCAUCGAGGAGAUCUCCGCCACGACGCCCGACCCGGCGCGCCGCAAGGACCGCGUCACGCAGGACGAUCCGGCCACCCUGCUCUACUCCUCGGGGACGACGGGGCCAAGCAAGGGCGUCGUCGCCACGCACCGGAGCCUCAUCUCCAUGGUCCAGAUCAUCAUGACGCGAUUCCGCCUCGAGGGCUCGGACAAGACAGAGACAUUCCUCUGCACGGUGCCCAUGUUCCACGUCUACGGCCUCGUCGCCUUCGCCACGGGGCUGCUCGGUUGCGGCGCCACGGUGGUCGUGCUCUCCAAGUACGAGCUCCCGGAGAUGCUGCGCUCGAUCAACGCCUACGGGGUGACCUACCUUCCGCUCGUGCCGCCGAUCCUGGUCGCCAUGGUGGCGCACCCGAAGCCGCUCCCGCUCGGGCAGAUGCGCAAGGUGCUAUCCGGCGGCGCGCCGCUGGGCAAGGAGCUGAUCGAAGGGUUCAGGGAGAAGUAUCCGCAGGUGGAGAUCCUGCAGGGGUACGGGCUGACAGAGAGCACCGCCAUCGGCGCGUCCACGGACUCCGCCGAGGAGAGCCGCCGGUACGGGACGGCCGGGCUUCUGUCUCCCAAUACCGAGGCUAAGAUUGUCGACCCAGAUUCCGGCGAGGCGCUGCCGGUAAACCGCACCGGCGAGCUCUGGAUCCGUGGACCGUACGUCAUGAAAGGCUACUUCAAGAACGCAGAGGCAACACAGUCAACGCUGACACCAGAUGGAUGGCUAAAGACCGGUGAUCUCUGCUACAUAGAUGAGGAUGGAUAUCUCUUCGUAGUGGACCGCCUCAAGGAGUUGAUCAAAUACAAAGGUUACCAGGUGCCUCCGGCAGAACUGGAAGCUCUUUUGUUGACGCACCCAGAGGUUACGGAUGUUGCCGUUAUACCGUUUCCUGAUAGGGAGGUCGGCCAGUUCCCGAUGGCCUAUAUAGUGAGGAAGAAAGGAAGCAACUUGUCAGAGCGCGAGGUGAUGGAGUUUGUGGCAAAACAGGUUGCGCCUUACAAGAAGGUUAGAAAGGUGGCGUUUGUGACGGACAUUCCCAAGAAUGCAUCCGGGAAGAUACUGAGGAAGGAUCUUAUUAAGCUUGCCACAUCCAAACUAUGAAAUGCCAAUCAAUUAUCUACUACUCCACAAUAUAUUAAGCUUGUCAAGAAUGCAUUCGGCAAGAUAUUGAAUACGUUUUGGAAUUGGCAUAGACACUUUAGUUGUUGUGUACCCUCUUUCUCAAUAUGGUGGGUAUUUGUAAAUGAAGAUAUCAUCAGUCAUGUGCAUUUCUUCUAUACAUGAUCUGGUAGAGUUACACUGUAUCCAUUCUUGUAUAAUCAAAUAAAAAAUAAUUUCCGAGUUCGAGCCUUCGAUGUACACUCAUGUCUGCCCAUCGCAGAAAGAAAAAAAGAGGAAAAACAGAGACUCAUAUCUGUCCAAAA